AUGGCAAGUGCAUUGGAUACAUUCUGCGGUCAGUCUUACGGAGCAAAACAGUAUCAUAUGCUUGGCAUUCACAUGCAGAGGGCUAUGGUUGUUAAGCUGUGGGUCUGCAUUCCUCUUGCAUGCGUUUGGGCCAAUGCAGGGCACAUUCUUGCAUUCUUGGGACAAGAUCCGGAAAUAUCAGCUGAAGCUGGACAUUAUGCCCGUUUCAUGAUACCGAGCAUUUUUGCUCAUGCACUGCUUCAAUGUUGUGCCGAUGAUGUUAAGUGCAGAAUCACGACACUACUGCACUUCUUCAUAUGUUGGUUUCUGGUUUUUAAAUCUGGCCUUGGAAACAAAGGCGCUGCAUUGGCUAAUGCUAUAUCUUAUUGGAUCAAUGUCCUGUUGUUGGCGAUUUAUGUUAGGAUUUCUCCUUCCUGCAAGAAUACUUGGACUGGAUUUUCAAGGGAGGCAUUGUAUGGUAUUCCGAGUUAUCUUAAGCUUGCAAUUCCUUCAGCUGUUAUGCUCUGUUCUUUCCAUAAGAUUGGAAUGGGAUGUGCAUUGGAUACAUUCUGCGGAACUGCUAGGGGAUGUGGUUGGCAAAAGAUUGGUUCUAUUGUCACUUUUGGAGCUUAUUAUCUUCUCGGAAUACCUUGUGGCAUAUUAUUGGCCUUUGUCUAUCAUAUUGGAGGAAAG